AUGCUGGAGAUGGCCACGGACAAGGAGACCUUCCUCGUCCCGGCCCCGCCGCCGCCCCUCAAGCCCCCGCCCAGAGGGGCCGGGGCCGGCGGGGGGGAGAUCCCGGCGGCGCGGCUCCGUCCGGGGGGCGCGCCGCCGGAGGAAGGCCGCGAGGGGAGCAGCGGGGACGAGCCCGUCGCGCAGCCCCACCAGGAGGAGGCGGAGGACAGCGUGGCCGAGCUCCAGCGGCCCCGCAACGGCUUCCAGCCCCAGCAGAGGCCCCCCGGCGGGGGCAAGAGGCGCAACAGCUGCAACGUGGGGGGCGGCGGCGGCGGGGGGGGCUUCAAGCACCCGGCCUUCAAGCGGCGCCGCCGGGUCAACUCGGAGUGCGACCCCGUCCUCCCCUCGGAGUUCCUGCUGGGGGGCAACAUCUUCGACCCCCUCAACCUCAACAGCCUGCUGGACGAGGAGGUGAACCAGGCCCUCAACGCCGAGACCCCCAAGUCGUCGCCCCUGCCGGCCAAGGGCCGCGACCCGGUGGAGAUCCUCAUCCCCAAGGACAUCACCGACCCCUUGAGCCUGAACAACGCCCAGGAGGACCCCCCGGUGCUGGCCUCGCCGGUCAAAGCGGGGCGCAAAAGGCACCGCCAUCGGGGGGCGCAGCGGGCAGCCAGCAACGCCGAGGGGGCUAAGGCCGCCCCCCCGUGCAAGUCGUGCCAGAAGGCGUGCAACGGGGCCACCCCUCAGCCCUACGAACUCAACACGGCCAUCAAUUGCCGGGAUGAGGUGGUCUCCCCCUUGCUGCCGGGCAGUGGAGAUGGGCAGCGUGGCCAGCAGGGCUCUGGGGGCGUCACCCCCUCUGGUGCUUCCAUGGCCUCUUUUGUAGGUGGCGGCAGCAGUCGCCACCAUCACCACCAUCGCAAGAGGCGCAGGACUUGUAGCAAGUCAGAGGGGGCGGCAGGAGCCAGGCAUCAGGGGGCGGCUGUGGCAGGCGAGGCGCCUUUCCGAAGCAGCCCAGACAGGGGACGGAGCGUGCCUAGGUGCCAGCACCAGCCGCUUCCUCCCGCCCAGCAACCCCCGCGGCAGUGGCAGCGCAAGUUCCAGUAUGGCAACUAUUGCAAGUACUAUGGCUACCGCAAUCCCGACUGCGAGGACUCACGGCUGCGGGUGAUGAGGCCGGAGUGGUUCCAGGGGAAAGAGGUGCUGGACGUGGGCUGCAACGUGGGGCACCUCACUCUGAGUGUGGCCAAGAAGUGGGGUCCCCGCAGGAUGGUGGGGGUGGACAUUGACGGGGCUCUCAUCCACUCGGCACGCCAGAACAUCCGGCACUACCUUUCCGAGGAGAUGAAGCAGCAGCAGGCUGGGGGUGGCAACGGUGAGGGGGCUAGCCUCGCCAAGAAGACCUUCCCAGUGUCUCUCAUGGCCAGCCGAGGGCCCAUUGCUGCACCGCGGGUGCCCCAGGAUGGGGCAGAUGCUGCCGUCUUCCCCAACAACGUGAUCUUCGUUAAGGGCAACUACGUUCUAGAGCGUGACGAGCUUCUGGAGGCCCAGCAGCCAGAGUAUGACGUGAUCCUCUGCCUCAGCCUCACCAAGUGGGUGCACCUCAACUGGGGAGACGAGGGCCUCAAGCGCCUCUUCAAGCGCCUCUUCCGCCACCUACGGCCCGGCGGCAUCCUUCUGCUGGAGCCCCAAGCCUGGGCCUCCUACGGCAAAAGAAAGAACCUGACGGAAGCCACGUGCAGGAACUUCCACCGCAUCAAGCUGAAGCCGGACCAGUUCCCCUCGUACCUGACUUCACCUGAAGUGGGCUUCUCCAGCUACGAAUUGGUGGCCACGCCCAGGCACACCUCAAAAGGAUUCCAGCGCCCCAUCUAUCUCUUCCACAAGGGCCCCCUGAGAACACACUGAGGAACUUUGCCCGGCCUUGAGAGCC